CAGGCGUCAGAUCCAAGCCAGCGAUAGCUAAAUGUGAUAAACAUGUAUCGAGCUGCUGCUCUGUGUCGUGUUUUAACCAGCGGCUGGUGAAGCGGCGGAUGUAAGCAGGUCCUGCCAUGGCAGCAGGUGUCAGUCUACUGAGUGACCUGCCUUACUCCAGCGCCGGCAGCAGCGGCAGCAGCAGUGCAGCGAACAGAGGGCACUUCAGCAUGGACAUGGAGAUAGUCGGAGUCCGGGUCCCCACGGCGAAGUACACUAAGAUGGGUGAGACGCUGAGGCACGUUAUCCCCGGGCACAUGCAGUGCUCCAUGGCCUGCGGAGGACGAGCCUGUAAAUACGAAAACCCGUCACGCUGGAGCGACAAAGAACAAGCCAUCAAGGGCCUGUACUCGUCCUGGAUCACAGACAACCUGCUCGCCAUGGCGAGGCCUUCAACAGAGAUUAUUGAGAAAUACAACGUCAUCGAGCAGUUUCUGGGGUGCGGCUUAAAGACCGUAAUUAACCUCCAGCGGCCGGGAGAGCACGCCAGCUGUGGGUAUCCUCUGGAGCCGGAGAGCGGAUUCACCUACCGCCCCGAGGUCUUCAUGGAGGCCGGCAUCUAUUUUUACAACUUUGGAUGGAAGGACUACGGGGUAGCCUCUCUUACGACAAUCCUCGAUAUGGUGAAGGUGAUGUCUUUUGCCAUGCAGGAGGGAAAAAUGGCCGUCCACUGCCACGCUGGGCUCGGAAGAACAGGUGUUCUGCUGGCCUGUUACCUGGUCUUCACGUCCAGAAUGAGUGCAGAUCAGGCCAUCUUAUUCAUCCGAGCCAAGCGCCCAAACUCCAUCCAGACGCGAGGGCAGCUGCUGUGUGUCCGGGAGUUCGCCCAGUUCCUGGUGCCCCUGCGAAGCGUGUUCUCCAGUGCCGGACCCAAAGCUCACACUGUGACGCUCUCGCAGUUCCUGACUCGCCAGCGCCACCUGCUGCACGGCUACGAGGGGCGCCAGAUGAAGAACGUGCCAAAGAUCAUCCACCUGGUCUGCAGGCUGCUGCUGGACAUCGCGGAGAACCGGCAGACCGUGGAGGACGAAGCUCCGGAAAUACCGGACCUCACGGCUGAAGUGGAGAAAACCGUAUCCCAGCAGGCUUUGCAGCAGUUGGGGAAGGAGCUGCGAGGGAAAGGAAUCCCGGUGUUGACCUCUCGCGCCUCGGAACCGCCGUCCUCCAUCGUCCUCGGUCAGCGUCCUCAACUGGAAGACGCUCUGCUCUCCGUCCACCAGGAGUUCGAGCUCUUGUGGCAGCGCCAGAACCUCGAUCAACAAGCUAACGCUAAUGCUAAUGCUAAUUCUAAUGCUAAUGCUAAUAAACCUCAGUUAUUGCUCCACCACUGUGGCCUGAGCGCUAGUGACUCUGCUUUGCACACACUAGACUCCAGGUGGCAGCAUUUCGCUUGGCCCCCAGUGCCUGUUUCCGAUUUUUUGACCACUCGCUGUAUGUCUCAGAGCAGAUUAGCAGCAGAAUCUCCAGACCUUCAUUCCUCCAGACUUUUGCUGACGCCCGAAAGCUGCAGCAGCCCAAAACUGGACCUGGCCGGGUCCUUCUCCUCACUGGAAGAACCCAAGAAAGACCCGGAGCGAACGCCUCGCUCGCCGGCGUUCAGGAGACGAGUGCCGCUGAAGGAGACGAAGCGCAGCAGGUCUUUAGGGUUUUCGGGAAGCGGCAGCACUGUGUUCUCCGUGUGGCAGACGGACGAGAAUACAAGAGACAAUCAGACAAACGAAGGCGUUAAAACUCUCUUAAGAUGUCCAGGAGAUUCAACAGGGGACAGUGAGAGAACUGAGACAGUCAGCAACGCUCCCUUUAUCACCCUGCAGACUGAACUCAGGCCUGAAGUCCGUCGAGUUCUGGUGGCGAAAGCUCUCGCCAUGGAUAUCGAAGAUGAAGCUCUUAAAAACACUGUGUCAGCGUGGCAGGCGGAGCUGAACUGUAGAGAGGGCGGCUGGGAGCGGCUGUGUUUAGAGAGGGAUCCGCUGGUGCUCUCGGCUCUGAUGUGGGCGUGGUUGGAGCAGCUGAAGGAACCCGUCCUCAAUAAUCAGGACAUCCAGAAACUGACUGAGAACAGCCACGCCUCCCAGAGCGCUCUCAGCACCGUCGACAAGGGUCACAGACAGACGCUGCUCUGUAUUCUGGACUGUGCUGCUCACCUGCUGAAACUGCCGGACGAGGUCGAAUCCGCCGUCCUCAAUCGAACAAUCAAAGCUUUUACAUGGGUUUCUGAUGAUUCAGAAGACGGACAGAAGAUCUAUAAAGCGCUUAAAGAAAUUUUAACCCCAGUUUUGGGUGAUUUAAGGAGUAAAGCAGAGGAGGAAUGGGAAUCUCCAUAAAGCAGAUCAGGCUCUUUAAUCCCGCCCACGGGAAACACUCUGCACUAAAGCCUGAGUUAUUUGGAGUUAUUUACCAUAUUGAACGUUUUGUAAAUGUUUCUCUGUGCUCUUUUUUAUUGUUAUACGUUUAAUGAAUGUUUUAAUUGUGUUUUAACAUGUUUACGAUGCACUCAUGAGUCGUUUUAACUCAUUUUAACUACAGUCUGUUGUUUUAUUUGUGUUUGUUUUAUUUAACACUGCCAUAUGUACACGUACGCGUGCCACAAGUACUGUUUUUUUUUAUUUCUCAGCAUUAUUUUUGAUAUCCUUUAUAUUUAUGGUCUAACUGAUAACUCUAUUUAUGAAGGUAUAUCUGGUUUAUCUGUGGAGAGUUUGAGUAUCAUGUCAUUUCGUAAAAAAAAAAAGUACCUCCUCUUUUCGACCAAAUAUUUUCACUGUGCAACAUGUUGUGAUAAAUUGAAUAUUUUUUAUGCUAUUUAGACUAUUUAAAAAAGAAACAAAAAGCAGAUUGUUAGAAUUGUUUAAGAAUAAAAAAACACUGAGAAAAAACAAAGACCGAUGCAAGGUUUGCUGUACAGGACGGGUCUUCUUAGGUUGGUUAGACGACAAAUGUAAGGUAUUUUUUCAUAAUGCAAAGACAUUUCAAUGUAUUCCAACAUGGCCUUGAUGACAAUACUGAUAUCUAAAGAGAAAUCCCACUGAUUUUCAUUUUUAUUUUAAACUAAUUCAGUUGUUGAGGUGGAAGGAAAGCGAUUCAGAGUGUUUUUAUAUAAAUUUAUGACCAUUCACAUUGGAUAAAGUAUCAGCAUAAAUGCCUGGGAUGGGAGUAACUACUUGAUUUAUGUACUGUUACCACCUUCAAACAAUGUAAAAGAAAAACAACAAUGCAUGCAUCUGCCAAUUUUUGGAUUUAAAAAUAAGGAAAAAUUUCCGGCCUUCUCCUUUUUAGAAAGGAAAAUUCGAUGUCCCGUUUUUCUAGAUAGGAAUGCAGGAAUGCGCCUUCUCUUUCUCCUUGCAUCCAUCCAUGUCUCUGAUUGGUUGUUCCAGUGUCGUUCACUGUGCACAGUGUUGUCGUCACUAACCUUGCGAGAACUGCCACUUAUGACAUUUAUUUCAGUUUAGAGAUGCACAGGAAUGUUUUUUUUUUAUUCUAAUAUAAUACGGGAAAUUAUAUUUACAAUUGAAAACUGAGAUGGGAGUAGCUACUUGAUUUACGUACUGUUGUCACCUCAAACUAAAUUUAUAUCCCACUUAUAAUAAUCAAUAAAUAAUGUUUUGUUCUAAAAUAGAUGAGCUGUUGCUCUAGAAUGAAACACUUCACACCAAACCAAACCAUUUAACAUAAUCAAGUGUAUUUAAAUGUAUUUAAACAACGUAGUUAUGUAAAAUUAGUGGGAUUUCUCUUUAUUAUGGUAUCUUCUUUAGAGAAUGUAGAUGUUGGGAGGGUGAACUUCUCUCACUGAAAGCCCUCUGCCUCAUUUCUGCGGCAUUAUUUGUGGUAAAGCUGCUCUUUUGUAAAAAUAAAUAAAUAAAGACGAAGUGACUGAAAGCACUGUAGCUGACUGGAAAAACAUGUUUUAAAACUUCUGAAAAGUGUGUGAGAGAGGACGUUCACACAUGAUGACGAAGCUCUGCAGCAGGGGAUUGUUAAAGCGUCUUAAUGUAGAGGUCUACAACUGAAUACUGUGGAUUUAAAGGCAAUUUUUUAUAUCCUUUUAUCCAUGAAAUAUCAAAUAAAUGUUCAUAAACUGUAA